UUGGAUUUUUUGUUUGAUCUGUGGAGUAGUUUGAAAGUGUGUACUUAAUGAAGUUAGUGGAGAGUUUCAGUCUUCUAUGCUGACUGCUGAAGUCCAGAAAGCACAUCAGACUGAACAGGCAAUCCAGGGUGACAUUAAUUUAAAAGACAUGGAUAGGGAAGCAGAUGGUGAGGGGAAAGAAAGAGCAGUGUUUUAAAUGACAUUUACACCCAAGAAACCAAUUUUUCUGUCUGUAAGUUGCAUGAUUCUGAACUAUAAACUAAAUGCAAUAAAUUAUUCCUUAGAGGAUUAUUUGUCUCUGUUCCCCCCCAUUUUUAUUAUAUCAGAAAGUCAAGUUAUGAAAGUGAUCUUUUCAACAUCCUCAACUUUCAAUCAAUCAACUUACAAACUAACAAGCAAGAAGAGAUAGUCUACUGCACAAUUUUUUCUCAUUUUAGCUACUACAAGUAAAUAAAAACAUCAGGAACUACAAGCACCAUAAACAUCUGUUUGACUUCAAAGUAAUGCAUUCUGGGAACAGAUGUUAUUUUAUCUAGCGUCUUCUCUGUUCUCUGCGGGCUUGUCAAUGAGAAGAGAACACCAAUUCCCAUCAUGCAAAUUCACUUUUUCCCUCGAAAUUGUCCCGUCUGCCGUAUCAAGAAAUGGGAAAAUGAGAGCUGCGAAAGGAGUAACCGGGCAGAUAAAAUUGAACAUAAGUUAACGUGCACAUAGACACAUUAAAUAUGGAACAGUACCGCAGUUGUAUUACGACGGUUCGUUAUGACAUAGAAGUUGUACGGUGUUCUGUCUUUCUUCGUUUUUGUUGUUAGCUACAUGGACGUUGAACUAGCUGGCUAACGUUAGCCACCUCCCUGUCGCGAGCAACGCCGGGGUGUAUAUCUUCGUUUAGGCUUCGGCUCAUCACCGUACUGCAGUAUGUUACAGUGGCUAAAAAGAGGGCCAGGGCUCGGUUAUAGCAUUUGAGCGUUACCGCUGUGCAAAAACAGCGUCAGUUCUCACCAUUGGUCAACAAUGCACAACCCUUUGCAAGCUAUAAUUAAUCCCAUAUUCUAUGCAAGUUAGCCAGCCAGCUUAGUCAGUAGUUAAUAUGAUGGUGCAGUACAGAAAUUAAUUGCAAGUAACGUUUCAGUGCCCGUGGUACAGUGCUGCCGUUGUAUUCCCAAAAAGUUUCCAACUUGGGGAUCAUACAAGGCAGCAUGGAGCGAGGAGACACCAUGGAGCGAGCUGGCAGCAUCCAAUUGGACAUCCCUGACUUCAGCAACUCUGUGCUGUCCCACCUGAACCAGCUGCGUAUGCAGGGGCGGCUGUGCGACAUUGUGGUGAACGUGCAGGGCCAGAGCUUCCGCGCUCACAAGGUGGUGCUGGCUGCCAGUUCCCCUUACUUCCGAGACCACAUGUCGCUGAGCCAGAUGAGCACUGUAUCCCUGUCAGUCAUCCGCAACCCCUCUGUGUUCGAGCAGCUCCUCUCCUUCUGCUACACCGGGAGGCUGUGCAUGCAGCUGGCAGACAUCAUCAGCUACCUGACAGCUGCCAGCUUCCUGCAGAUGCAGCACAUCAUCGACCGCUGCACCCAGAUCCUGGAGGGCAUCCAUCUGAAGAUCAGCCUGGCGGAUGUGGAGGAGGAGCUGGGGGUCGGAGUGAGGCACAGGGGGGCUGGGAGCUUGGAGGCCAGAAGAGGAGGGGGGGGGUUAGGAACAUCAGGGGGCUCGCGCUCCCUUAGCCCGCGCCACAGCAGCCCCAGGGUUCUGGGCCUUCGAGGAAGCAGUGCUGGAGGGGCCUUGGAUAUCCGGGAGGUGGGAAGCCCAGCGGGGGAGUCCAUGAGCCCCCAAAUGGUGGAGCACAGCGGGCUGGGCCCAGAGGGGCUGGCUAGGGGGGUGGUAGUGGGCAGCAGGCUGGGGAAGGAGCCCAUACUGCGCAUCAAUCGGGCUGGCCAGUGGUACGUGGAGGCCGAGUCAGAGAGAGGGAGUGGUGGUGAAGAGGGGGAGUCAGUGCGGGUGGUGGACGGGUUGAGGAUAAAGACUGAGAGGAUGGAGGAGUGGAUGGGGGCCGAUACCCAGGAGGAAGGGAGCGGGGCGGAGGAGGGAGCAGCCAUGAUGAUCGACACGUCCGGGCGCAGCUCAUUGGUGCAGGAGGGUUUUGUCACGGGGGCCAAAAGCUCUCAGCCCUCCAGCAGUUUCAGUGAGACAGAGAGGUUUAGUCCUACUGGCAGUGUGGUCGUGAUGGCCGAGAGACAGAGAGCCAAAAGUGAGUCACCCAGCAGAGCGGACAACCAGCGCCACACCAGCUCACAGGGGGAGGAGCAGGCCGUGUUCGACAUGGGUGGUUACGAGGAGUACCUGCGUGAGCAGGUGGGUGACCGCUGGUUCCGCUACAACCCUCGGCUCACCUGCAUCUACUGCUGCAAGUCCUUCAACCAGAAGGGCAGCCUGGACCGCCACAUGCGGCUACACAUGGGCAUCACACCUUUCGUUUGUCGCAUCUGCGGCAAGAAGUACACCCGCAAGGACCAGCUGGAGUACCACAUUCGCAAGCACACAGGAAACAAGCCCUUCCAUUGCCACGUCUGCGGGAAGAGCUUCCCCUUCCAGGCCAUCCUCAACCAGCACUUCCGCAAGAACCACCCGGGCUGCGACCCUCAGGAGGUGGCCCACAGUGCCUCCCCAGAGACCACCACCGUCUCCUCCCUGGGGGGCCAGAACGAGGAGGAGUCGCCCAGCCAGGAGGAGCCAGAGGGGGGUAGCAACGGAGGUGGGGCCUCUUUUGGAGAGGGUGCCCAGGCCUCGGUCUCCACCACUGGGCCUGAUUGACCCAGUGGACCAUGGAGGGAGAUGGUUGGGCUAUGGGAGAACAGGGUAUUAGGUUUUUUUUGGGGGGGGGGGGGGCAAUUAGGCUGUCAUUUUGUGCUCUCCUGCCAAGCAAAGAAAAAAAUAUAUAUCUUGAAGUUGCUUCAAAGGAAAGGAUGAAAAGGGAGUAGGUGAUUUCAGAGGGUUUCAAGUCCAUCCAGGGUGUUAUUUUUAUAAGCAUUUUUCAAAUCCCUUCAACUAAACAGAGUUCCAGAAUGAUGCAAAAGAGUAGUUUGAUAGGGCACUUUGUAUUAUAUAGUUAUUUAUAAGUGAUAUGUCCGCUUUAAACCACAUCUACCUUCAUAAUACAAACUGAACAGAUAAAUCGAACACAUGAAGAAAUGCCACACUCUAAUAACUACAUACAACACUGAAUGCCCGUAGUUUUUAUUUGACUGUCUAUUUUCCCAUGUUACAGUUUUAUACUUUUGUAUUACCGGUUUACAGGUUCAGAAUGCAGAAAAAUAAUAGGCUGAACUGGUCACAGUUUGGUCAUAUCGUAUUAAUAUUGCCAAAACACUGUGCCAGUAUAAUAACUACAUACAUAUAUACUCUCUGUUUUUUUCCUUUUGCCUUGAGACAAUCUUGAGCAGUUGGGGGUCAAUGAUAGAUAAUCAGACUCUUCAUAUAUGCUCAUUUUAAGUGCCAGAAUGGCUUUAAAAAAAUGCAAUUGCACAUGAAUAGUAGAUAUGGCCCAGUGAACAAAAAAACGGUUAAUUUGGUAGUAAUAAGUGCAAUGAUGAAAAUAACACAACCUUCUUGACAGAUGUCAAGAAGACCGAAGGGUCAACAUGGCUAAAUGCUUUUGAAAGUGUAACAUUAUUUACUCAGUACAACAAUUUUACAGGUGUAUUGUGAAAGAGGACUCUUAAUCCAUCUGUAUUUUACCGGUUAAAACCUCAUAUCUCUACAUUCUUCAACUAGCUGCUGAAUACAUACUAUAUAGGAACGCAAAACACAGGAAACUCAAUGGUCUUCAACCUCAGAUAAGCUACAAUAAAACUCAGUUACCUCUCACACAUCACUACGCAAUACAGGUCUGCUUCAAGCAGAUUGGUCGAUACACUCAGCAGAAUUUACAGUGUGUAAUUGUUUUCUCAUUUUUCUAUGUUGUGGUUAACGUUAACUACUUUUUUAUAAGUGACAAUUUUUUUUCGCAUAGGUCUCAUGUCUUCGGAACAUUUUUUAUCUAGCUCUGACAAUGUAUCUGGAGGAUGUAGAGACGAGACAAGAUUGUAAUGGAGGACACUCGUAUCCCUAUCAGGGGAGUCCUAAGGAGGAGCAGGCUGGGAGACUAAUAAGACCUUGCGGCUGUACUGUAGUACCACCCAAGAGAAAGCAGGAGGUCACUGACUGCCACGGAUGGCCCAUCACCAGAGGAUAGACACGCAGCCUGCGUGCUUGCUACAGUAGAAUGUGCUCCAUUGGAAAUCAGUAAGAGGCAUCCUGGCAAACAAUGGAUUUCAGAGGACAAGCCAAGGAACUUAUUUCCCCCCUCACAUGGAGGCCAACAUUACUAUGCCAAGCACUUAAAGGAGGGGUUUGAAAGGAUAGCAUUUAAGAAUUAUGUAAAAGGUAUAUAUCGCAUAUGCAUAUUUAAACCCAUUUGUUGCUAUAUAAGAGUAAAGAGAACCUAAACAACUUGCUAAGAUUUUGAACACAGAUAUAAUGGUAGCAUAGUGGUUUGGGUGUCCCCCCCCCCCCCCCCCCCGUUUUUUGUUUUACAGGGCUGUGAAUCAUUUGUGGUUGUGACAGGAGUUUUUAUGAAUGGGUGUAUGCAAGUGAAAAACAGCUACUGUUUUUUUAUUAUCCGGAUUGAGAAUGCAUUACACAUCACCACAGUACACCUCAGUCUAGAUUCGUCAGACAAAAACAGGUCAACAUUUGUUACAACAAAUAUCAGGUAUUUUUGUUUACUGUUUUUAAGUUUACUCUCUUUGUAAGUUACAUUUAAGAUUAUGGAGUUUAAAAAAAAACAUGCUUGGGCUAACUGCAGUGAUAUCUAACAGCAAGCUUUAAUUAGCAAGUGUGCAAAGCUUAAAUAUACAUGUUUUAAUCAAAUGAAUAAAAUAUUUUAUUGUGUAAAUGGAAAUGCCAUUAUGGCAGUAGCAAUGCAGCUAUUAUCUUACGUCGAAACUAGGGAUGCACAAAUGUGGAAAUGAAACUGGUUGCUUAGGGCCCCAGCCGUUAGUUUUUAGGAACUCAGUUGCUGUCUCAACUUACAGUUUUGAAAUUUAGUUGAGCAUCAGCAGUUUUUUCUCUUAUGUCAGUCAAUUAUUGAGCAGGCACAAAGGGCACAUGCCAAGGGGCCUCCCAUUGAUUUUGUCAGUCACUCUCACUCAGAUAUCAUAUUAACGUGGUGUAAGUCAUGGCAAAAUGUGUAGAAUUGCAGGAAAUUAGCUUUAAAACUGCAAGAAUGUCUCUUCACCUUAUGGCAAAAUCUGUAGAAUUGCAGGAAAUAUGGUGUAAAAAGGAAGAAAAAAAAUCUCCACCCUGAUGGCAAAAUGAGUGGAAUAGUGUUGAAAUUAGUUAUAAAAUCGCAAAGUCUUCUCUCUGUACCAUGGAAAAAUGUGUAGAAUUGUAGCAAACUUGCUUUAAAACUGCGAUAUUUUCUCUGCGCCCCAUGGCACAAAAAAAAUGUAUUGCAGGGGGGGGGGCUCCCAAAACAAAAUGUUUCUUAAGGCCCCCAAAAGGCUAGGGGGGAAAUCUUGGUCAAUAACCAAUAUAUUUUUGUCCAUGAUGACUGAUAUAAUUUCUGUAUCAGCCAUCAUGGGAAAAAUGGCAUUACAGAAAUUGUGUCAACAACUAGCUAUUUAUCAAAAGGCCUUUUUCAUAAUUUAUAAAAGACAAUUUUUUGUAAAGGUCCAAUAUAUUUUCACCUAGAGAACAUCAAUCCCCGGGUGUGGGAGUUGUACAAGGUGAACAGUGCACCGUGUCAUUUUAUUUUAGCUCAGAUUUAACACCAUACAAUAUUGGUACAGAAUAUUGUUUUUUCAGCCAUAUUUGUCCUAUACUGAUAUGAAGUCAGAUAUGUUUUAAUUAGGAAUGCAUGAUAUAAGUAUUUUAAUACUCAAUAUUAUGCUUGCAGCAUGAAGAUCCUUAACAAUGAGAUGGCUUCAGCGAAUCAUGCCUCUAAGCCAGUGGUCACCAACCUUGGUCCUGGAGAGCUACAAGGUGUGCCGACUUUGAAUUAAAACAUUCCAGUGCGUACAUAGCAUUCCAAAGUAGAACUGAAGCGGAAUCAUUUGAAUUGACAGUCGAUUUUCAGAUGCAUUAGAUUUCAAUCAUCUUAGAGAUUACAUUACAUUUACAAACCUUGAUGCCGGAAAACCUGGAAUCCAGAUAGGAAAGUGUUCCUGCAUUAUGUGUAAAAUAAAAUUAAAAACGAUUUGAUUUAAACAAUUACUAUAUAAAAAAAGAACAAAACUAAAUUUUUGGUUUUACAAGAUUUUUUCCCAGCAGGUACCAGGUUUGCUGGAUUUCAAUUUAGUUUGAAUAGUACUCCCAGGCCUUUUUGGGGAUUUGACCAAGAUUGAUUGUCAUGCUGUUUUCUUUGUCUAUUGCUUAUAAUUCAAAUGGCUUUUGUUACUUUUUAAUAAGCUUUAACUGCGCAGAGGACAUGUGUAUUUGCAGUGUAAAUAUGACUAUUGAACCCUUGUAUAUGUAUUGUUACUGCUGAAUGUGGAUCAAUGACAGGAACAAGCCAUCUCGUGUAGCCUCUCCAGUUUCAGCAAACAGAUCUAUGUCGUCUCCACUUAUCUCGGUAUGUCGUGUGAAGAUUCUUACUAAGCUAGUGUCAAUAAUGCAUAUAUAGUUGAUUUAAGUACUGUUCUGGAAAGUUCUGUUUUGACCCAUCUGUCCAACUGUGAAAAACAUCUAGCUAAAAAUGUUAAGAUGUCAAAAUCAGGAAUCCAAACAUUUGUUACUUGAAUGAAUUGUCAAGCUGAGGCCCUAUUUAGCAUCAAUGCAUGCCAUCUUUGUCAUAGGUUUUCAAUGCCAAACUUGGGAAAGUUUCUUUAUCAAUAGAUUUGCACCAAAACAUGCCAAAUAAUGUUAUUAGGUGACAUUUAAUAUAUUCUACAUUUUGUGCUAUUAUGUCUUGGUUUUGCUGAUUCAUUGUCUUAGAGGUUUCUCUUUUUUUUCUUUACAAUUGUCUUGUGUGAAAUGUCUAUACACAAAUGGAUACAUGCAGUAUAUCCAAUAUGAUUUUGACUGCAAAAUGCUUACUCCAACUAAUUAUUAAGCUAUGUAAUUAAGUGGCAAAAAUAUUUAAUACUUAACGCAAAAUAUUAUUUGACGUAAAAAAAUAUAUUCAUAAACAAAGAAUAUCUCAAAGGAAAUGGAAUAUAUUAAAUGACAAUAUUUAACAUUUUCCCUGUCAAGAAAUGUACAAAACCAGCUGUGGUCUUGCAAGAUCUUGCAGGUUAUAUGUGAAGUUCCCUUUUUAUUUUAUGCAUGGUCCUGUUCCUGAAAAAGAAACAUUUCUUGAUUAUACUGUAAAGGGUAAUGCUUUGGGUUGUUGGUAUGAAGAGGGUUUUGUUUAUCGCUUGGGGUCAUUUGCAAGGCCAAAGGUUGAUUUGUUAAUUGCUUUUGAUAAUGUGAAAAAGGGUUACUUCACAAUAACCACUAUAUCAUUUUCAUUAUUAAAGUACAUUCUCUUCAAAGGAAAUAAAGCACUUUAAGUGUUACUGUGA